AUGGAGUAGGUUUCACUUAAUUCUACUACUGAAACCAGUCAAAUGGUUUCUAAGCGCGAUGGCUAUUUCAUUAAGCAAUCUAAGAGCGAUGGUAUUGCCAAAGCAUCUGACCGCGAUUCUCUUAUAUAAUACAAGCUAACUAUCUAUGAAAAUAUAUGGAGAGCAAUAUUUUUGUUCAUCACAAUUUGUGGUGGUAUCCUAGUAGAAAGAGUAUAUCGCUUCCAUAACGACCCUUACACUGCUAGUGUACCUAAAGGACAUAUCUAUGAUUUCUGGAUUUCAAUUGUAUCUGCUUUAGUUAUUGCAUUGAUCCGUUUCCUCAUCAGAUAUUUCUUACUUGAUAAGGUUGUAGGUAUGCUCUCUGAAAAGCGUUUAAAAACUAUUGAAGAAGGUAAAAAGCGUGCUGAUUAAAUUUGUAAGUGGUUAUUCGAUAUCUCUUACUAUACUUUGACAAGCAUAAUCGGAUACUUGAUCUGCAAAGACCAACCCUUCCUCCCUCCUUCCCUUUUAGGAAGUGGAUCUUGUAAUAAUCUUUUCAUGGGACAUCCUGAAGUCCCCUAUGUACCUUACUUAGACAUAUUCUACUUAGUUCAAACAGGUACUCAUCUCUAUACAUUUAUUCACUAAAUAAUAGCUAAGUUCAGAGAUCCUAAAUUCUACGAAUAUGCACUUCACCACGGACUUGCUCUCUUCUUGUUAUGGUUCUCAUACAUGAUGAACUUUAAGUUAGUUGGUAUCAUAGUUCUUUUAAUUCAUGAUAUUGGUGAUGUCUUUUUGAUUGCUGCAAGAGCAUACACUGAUUUAAAAAAUAGAAUUGUAGCAAUUAACAUUUUGAUCUACGUAUUAACAUAUCCUACUUGGGUUUACACUCGUAAUAUUGUAUUCCCCUUUUGCGUAAUUGGUGCUGCAGCUGACUAAUACAUGACACCAAGAUCAGAAGAAUAUUCAAGAAUUAUGGAUUUCCCAAUGAUGUACAUGUUAUUCAUGAUUUCAGCAUUAGCAAUUAUGCAUAUAUAUUGGACAUUUUUCCUCUCCAAAGCUGCUAUAUCUAUGCUUGGAAAGGGUAAGGAUAAAAAUGGGUAUGACUCAUGA